UAGAUAGCGGACAGUCCUCGAGCUUCGAGCUCCAAUUCCACACCUUACGACAGUCCUCGUCCACAAUGUCGCUCACCACGUUCGCCAAAAUACCUUCCGAGUGCUCCAGCCUACUCUCGCCCUCAGUAGCGAAUUUAGUCUUCUCGUUCGUCAUAUUCUUUGGAAUCCUCAUAUCGUACCUCCCGCAACACAUACGGAUUAUCCAGCGCGGCACGUCGGAGGGUAUCAGCCCGCUGUUCCUACUCCUGGGGGUAACAUCGGGUACCUGCGCGUUCCUGAACAUCCUGAUCCUGUCAUGGGGCGUCCUCGGGUGCUGCGGCAAGGGCAUCGGCGGCUUUAACUGCUUUGCGGCGUCGAUGGGCGUUGCGCAGGUGGGACUGCAGUGGGCCUGUUUCGCUGUUAUUCUCGCGCUCUUCCUCAUCUACCUCCCGCGGUCCAGCAGCGCACUCGCGAUCCCGGGGUCGCGCGUACCCACGAAGCGCACGGCAGUGGGGAUUACGGUCGCGUCGAUCGUGCACUUCGUGGCGAUGGCGGUGGCGACGUUCUACCUGUCGCUGCUGCACUCGACUGCCGCGACGGCGGACCCGUCGCGUCCGCCGCAGCCUUCGGACACGCUCGUGUGGUGGGCCAACUUCCUCGGCGUGCAGAGCACCAUCCUCGCGUCGAUCCAGUACAUUCCCCAGUUGUAUACUACCUGGAGACUGAAGCAUGUGGGCAGUCUGAGUAUUCCCAUGAUGUGCAUCCAGACCCCCGGGAGCUUUGUGUGGGCGAUCUCGCUGGCUAUGAGGGAGGGCACUAGGUGGAGUAGUUGGGCGACGUAUGUGGUCACUGGUACCCUGCAGGGCGCGCUGUUGGUAAUGUGUGUGAUGUGGGAGAUUCAGGAGAGGAGGGCCAGGAAGCAGGUGGAUGCGCUGGUAGAUGCGGUUAGGCCCGGGCCGACGGAUGAGAGGAGUCCGUUGUUGGCUGGGAAUAGGCAGUGAGCGGUGUCUUCAUGUCGAUGUCGGGCGAGAAUUGGUUGGUUGCAUUGUACGAGUGCUCGAUGAGGUUGCGUUUUUGUUUGGGUGUGGUUUCAAGUUUAUAUAUCAUUGUCAUAGGUAUUCCAGUUUUUAGAUUCGCACAACAGAUAAUUGU